AUGUUAGCGUCCAUCCCACAAAUGGAAGCGCUACACUCUCUCCCUCGGAACGCGGACGUUCCAAUGCGACAACCAUCCGCGGAAGAUCUGGAUGCCGCGCAGCAGUUGAUCUCCUCGGCCCAGGCUGGCCGUGAGCAUCUGGCAGAACACUACCGCGAGGACCAGCCCAUCCAAGGGUCGAGUCAACCAGGAUCAGAUCGAUGGAUUGGACAUGAACAGAUGGAAACCCCGGCUGAAAAAACAUCGCCCAAGGGUCAAAAAGACACUCAGUUUCCUGGGCAUUCGUGCAGUAAUUGCGGCACGAAAAGCACCCCACUAUGGCGUCGCUCCCCCACAGGUGCGAUGAUCUGUAACGCCUGUGGUCUCUAUCUCAAAGCUCGCAACGUUGCUCGCCCCACAAAACGGAACCGCAUGCAGUCUGAGGGAGCCGAAAAAGCGCCGAACACUCCCACCACUCAUUCUGCGGGCUGCACGCCAUCCGAAGGAGGUGGUUGUAAGGGAUCUUGCCCGGGUGGGGGAAGUUGCAAUGGUACGGGUGGUGCCGAGGGAUGCGAUGGGUGUCCAGCAUACAACAAUCGCAUCUACAAGUCUGCUCCCCGUGGGACCGCCGCAAUUCAAUCCUCUUGGGGGCGUCCUGCGGUGCAGGAACCCGAACCGGUACAACCUGACGAGCCAGCCGUCAAGCCACCCCCCGUCGAUGGAAACAACGGCCUCGUUGCGUGUCAAAACUGCAGUACAACUGUGACUCCUCUUUGGCGUCGUGAUGAACAAGGCCACCCGAUCUGCAAUGCCUGUGGUCUGUAUUACAAGCUGCAUGGGUGUUAUCGCCCCACAAACAUGAAAAAGUCAAUUAUCAAACGUCGCAAACGCGUGGUUCCCGCUCUACGAGACCAGUCCCCUACUGCGGCCACCCUCUCAUCCAACGGCUCGUCCGCGUCCCCAGAAGCCUCGCCUGCUACCCUGUCACAUGUUCACGAAGAUCACUACCGCUACAUGAGCAGCGAGCCCGCGGAUCCUUACCAAAUGAUCCCUGGGAAAAUGGAAGACGAACCUCGACCCUUGCCUUUCGCGCCGCCUCCGGUCGACUUUACUGGUUACAACGCCCCCCUUGCUCAUCUGCCCAUUGCCCACGGUCUACCAAAACCACUGGGCGUGGAGCGUCUGGGCCAUUCACCGGUCUCUCAGUACAGUCGACGGUCCGCAUCCCCUAACUCCAUCAACCUUCCCAAAAAGCGAACAUUGGCCGAGACCGCCACGGAAGCAUUACCAGCCCCCACCACCUUGGAAGGAGGGUCAAAUCUGCUUCCUCCAAUCAUGUCCUCUGCCAACCCAACUCCCCCUGGUCGCCUCAGCUCUAUUUCCUCUAUCCUGAAUCAAUCAGAUGCUCGAGGCGAACCUCGCUCCGAUCCGAAUAUGGGUCGCCCUCAACAUCUCCACCCAUCUGUCUCUCCCUCCCCCCAUCCACCACAGCAUCUCCCCAGCAUUGCAUCUCUGAAUGACCCGGUCGACCGCCGUGCCCGACUGGAACGCGAGGCCGAGCAAAUGCGCGAGCUCCUCCGGGCCAAAGAGCGUGAAUUGGCGGAGAUGAGACGGUAG